AUGGACCAAAUCAAGGAAAGUUGUGGAGAAAAAGUCAUGACUGUUGAUGUAGAUGAAGCUAAACAUCUACUUAUAAAUCAAGGCUACAGCUGUCUUGAUGUCAGGACGGCGGAAGAAUUCAAAGAGGGUCACUUGGAGAAUUCUUUGAACAUUCCCUACAUGUUUAGUACUCCAGAAGGCAGGGUGAAAAAUCCCAGAUUUUUGGUUCAAGUUUUGGUCCUUUUUGGCAAGGAAGAUCAUGUUGUUUUGGUUUGUCGGAGUGGUGCCCGGUCGGAAUCUGCUGCUAUCGAUCUUCUUAACGCUGACUUCAAGCAUGUGUACAACAUGGGAGGAGGAUAUAUUGCGUGGGUUGGAAAGGGAUUUCCAGUUAACAAACCACAUCAUGCCGAGCUGUAG